UGUUUCUUGCCUGCAGGUUCAUUAACUCUUUUAUUUCCUGUCUUCUGAGAUAUCCUUCAGUCUAGUUUUAGAAGGAAGUAUUCUGUCUAAAUACCUUUACAGGUGGUUCAUAAAAUUAUUGUUUCAAUUUGCUCGCAAGUGGCAAAACAUCUGUAGUCAAGCUACUAAUACAUACACAAGGGUCCUGAUUUUUCUCUUAUGGCAUGGUGUCAGCUUCGUGGAGAAAUGAUCAUCCAUCUUUCUGGUUUCUCCAUCAUCUGUUUGGUUUCUGAAAUUGUGUACUUCGUGCCUCCUUUUCUUUUAUUGUGUGUUUUUACCAAAUCCUUUAUCGUACUAACGUUUCUGUACCUUAUCUCAGCUUAGUGUGGCUAUUAAUUGUCUUAAUCCUAGUAUGUUAUCCCUGUUGUCCAAAUUUACAUGGCACUUCUUUUGUUAUGUCCAAAUUGUUUGACACCAUCUAAUAAUAUUAUUCUACAGUCUACACGACUUUGCAAUUGUUGUUGAUAAGGUUACAAUUUUCAUCAUUCAAAUUCAUUUACCUACUCUAGUAUUAAAGUUUGAGUGAUGUUUUCUCUACCAAGCUGAUAUCUUUCUCUACUAUUAAUGUACUGUGAAGUCCAAUUGAUAACUUAAAUUUUAUACCCACUCAAGUACUGUACAUCCAUAUUAGAUGGAUUGGAGGCAUUAUUUACUUUUGAAUUCCAAAAACUUGUAAUAUGCAUGCUAUUUGUAUACCUUUCUUAAACUCUGAAUUGAUAGAUGAAAAUGAAUGGUAUUCAGCUGGAUUUCUUUUAUGUAGAACAAGCAUUAUGGAAGAUGCAAACUAUGCAAGAGGAAGCUGGGUGGCCUAUAUGAAGUCUGUUUUGUAGUAUCAAAUUUGGACUGAUGUCUUGUUUAAUGUUUUUCUCUGGAGUUAGGAACUAAAGCUUUCAAUGAUUGAAAUUCUGGCUCUGAGUUUAGUUAGUCUGUUGGGAUAUGUCGGGCUUGAUAAUAUCUGAAAUGGACGUGAUCUUAAUGAGGUCUGCUGAAGAUUGCUAUCUCCUACACUAGGUUGUCUUACAUAAGUUUGCUGCAGAUUGUUGCUUCUUAUAAAUAACUAAUUUUUCUGUCAGACUAUAAAUUGACAGUUAAUAUUUUGCUGUGUUUUUUGUCUAGAAUCAUGAGUGUUUGCACAUUAAUAUGCCAUAGUUUGUACUAUAGGGGUUGUGAUCUGGACUUUCAGUUUGUUAUUAAUUGUUAGAGAAAAUGUUUUAUAGUACCGCUAUAUGAUUCUUUCCUUUGUUUUGUAUCCUUAAAAAAAAUGGUUUGAAUUGGAUGUUGGGUGCUUGUUGUAGUAUGUCCAACAUAUCUAAGGUCAUGGCGCAACUUCAGAUUACCUGGUACAUGAUCUUAGAUAGGAGAGUGUGGAGGUCGCAUAUUAGGGUAGCAGGUUAGUAAGCAAUAAGCAGUGGAGUGUUGUCUUGCUUUUCGAGGGUUUAGGCUUGUUGGUGUUUGUCGCAGUACUAGCCGUCUUCUUGUAGUUUUUGCUUUUGAUAUCUAUCUCCAUCGGGUUUUUUUUGUUUUUUGGUUAUCGUACUAGUCUGUUGUUAUUAUUGUUCCUUUCUUGUAGGCUCUGCAUUGCUUUCCUUAUUAGUUGUUAAGUUUUCUUCUUUUUUUUAACUUGGAUUUUUACUGCACUUGAAUUGGGGGUCUUUCAGAAACAACCACUCUACCUCCACGAGGUAGUGGUAAGAUGUGCAUUUAUUCUAGGCUCCCCAUAUUGCACUUGUGGGAUUUCACUGGGUAUGUUGUUGUAUUCUUGCUAUUAGAAACUUCAUCAGAUGUACCAUAGUAGGUAGACCAAUGCAAAUCUCUGACUGAUGUGUACAAGAUGUAACGACUAAAUAAAGGAUCAAUCUGAAAAUGUUUUUAAAAGUUAAAUCUAUAAUACACUGUACAUGAUGAAUGAAAUAUGACCUUACUUUCAGUAUAUCUGUCCAAUGAGACUGAAUAUCCUUCAUUAGACAUACCAACCUCUUUCUCUUUUUCUUUUUCUCUGUUUAUAAGUAGAGCAAACUGCUAUUUCAUAUAAAAGCAUCACCACUCAGCCUCAGUGUAGUUGACUAGAUUUGCUGUGAGCCAAGGUUGGUUAAUUGCUUCUUGUUGUUUCAGAUUAGGCUAUCUAGUGAAUUAUUCCUAAAUGGUACCAUUCCUGUAUUCUUAUGUAUGAUCUAUAAUUGUUGUGAGUAGUACUAUUGCUGGAUUCUGGUAUAUGUUGUCUUCAUGCUACUAUUUGGAAACUGGCUAGAUUGUACUAUGAUUCUUUUUGAAAUUGGUAACUUAGAUUGUACUCUGAUUCUUUCUGGUGUGGAUUAUCUGUAUACUACCUCAGGCAUGUAUCCUAAUUCUGCCCUUCACCCUUUUCUCCAGUCAUUUCAAUGCAGGCAUGGGAAGGCUUACCUCUUUGAUAAAGUUGUGAAUGUUACUCUUGGAGAGAAAGAAGAGCGGAUGAUGCUGACUGGAAUCCACACUGUUGUUGACAUAUUCUGUGUGGGAUGUGGCUCUAUUGUGGGGUGGAAAUAUGAAGCUGCGCAAGAGAAAGACCAAAAGUACAAGGAAGGGAGGUUCAUCCUUGAGAGGUUUAAGAUCUUGGGUCCAGAUGGAAGCAACUAUUCAAUACUUCAAGAUGCUCAGCUCGGAGGAAGUGAUACCGAUGAACCUUGACUAACCUUCUGCUUCACCAUUCAUUAUCAUUUAGAAUCAAAGAUUUAUUACAAUUGUACAUCCUCUCAACUUUCUUUGUCGACACAAGCAAUCUAUAAUUGCUUUUAGUACAGAUGCAAGUAGCUUAUAUAGACAAGUUUUGCAUUUCGAAUGAUCAAUUACUAUACUUUUAGUCUCUCUGGUUUUUCCAUCUCAAA